AGUGGCUGGGGGGCGGCCAUGCCUGGGGUCCUGGUUCGCAUCCUCUCUCUGCUGCUGGCGCCGCUGCUGCUGGGGCCGCUGCUGCUGGGCUCUGCGCACCGCUUGCGCGCGGAGCUGACCUGGAAUCCUCUCGUUGGCCACUGUCCUUUCUAAGGAAAUCGCCUUCCAGUGCCCACCUGCACAGAACUGGUGGGGACGCUUCAGGAGCAGAGAAAAUGGUGCUCUUCCGGCAGCUAUCCCUGGGCUCUAAGGCUGCCCUGGCUGCUGUCACUGUCUUCGUGUCCAUGAUCGUCUCCCGCUCCUAUCUGGCAGAGAGCCUUGAGGUCAGGGCCUGGCGCUGGCUGUUUCGCCUGCAGCUUGCCUUGUUUGUCAACUCACUGAUGCUUAUUGGCUCCCUCUACAUCUGGCGUUGCACAGUGAGCAACCUCUGCCACUCCCCAGUGGGGGAGUCGACCUGUUUCCAGCUUUGGAAGCUGGUCGUCGUGGCAUUUCUGGCCCUGGCCCAUUCCAGUUUCUUCACCAUGUUCUUCUUAGUGGCCGAGGAGCCUUAUCUCCUUUCCUUGGUAGCCUACUCUUGCCUGGGUGCUUACAUCAUCAUGCUUUUCUUCCUCUGCAUCCUCAAUAGCGUGGAGCAGGCCUACCAGCUCUUGGCCUGGCGCAGUGGUAGAAUUGUGGGCAGCCUUGACAAGACGAGGAAGCUGGUUCUCAGGCCUGCCCUGGCAGUGGUAGUGACUGCUGUGCUCAGUGUAAUGGGACUUCUGAAUGCUGCCCAACCCCCAGCUGUGAAAACCGUGGAGGUACCCAUUCAUCAGCUGCCCCCCUCUAUGAACAACCUCAAGAUUGUGCUUCUCUCAGACAUUCACUUGGGGCCCACAGUGGGCAGGACCAAGAUGGAGAUGUUUGUGAGGAUGGUGAACUCCCUGGAACCAGACAUCACAGUAAUCGUGGGUGACCUCUCUGAUUCUGAAGCCUCAGUCCUGCGGACGGCUGUCACUCCCUUGGGCCAACUUCAUUCACGCCUCGGCACCUACUUUGUCACAGGCAAUCACGAGUACUACACGUCGGACGUCAGUAACUGGUUUGCACUGCUGGAAUCCCUGCAUGUCCGGCCUCUUCACAAUGAGAAUGUGAAGGUUUCUGCCACUGGGGCCCAGCAUAAUGCUAAGGAAGACAAUGACUGGAUCUGCUUGGCAGGGGUGGACGAUAUUGAAGCAGACAUUCUGCACUACUCUGGCCAUGGGAUGGACCUGGACAAGGCUCUGGAGGGCUGUAGCCCAGACCAUACCACCAUCUUGCUUGCUCACCAGCCGCUGGCUGCUAAGAGAGCCCUCCAGGCACACCCAGAUAUAAACCUCAUUCUUUCUGGACACACGCAUGCAGGGCAGAUCUUUCCCAUGAAUGUGGCAGUGUAUCUCCUGAACCCCUUCUUUGCUGGUCUCUACCGAGUGGCCCAAGGAACAUUUGUGUAUGUCAGCCCGGGCACGGCCUACUAUGGGAUACCCAUGAGGCUGGGGAGCAGGGCAGAGAUCACAGAGCUUAUCCUGAAGCGGGCACCCUAAGCCUGCCCUGAGUGCCCCUGC